GAAGUCUCUACUAUCUGGGGCAAUGUGUCAGAAUUUGUGGAACGACAGCUGACCCUGCACAAGGGGGUUCAGAUUCCAGGACUUGGAACUUUCACUUUCAUGAGACAAAAGCUUGAGGUGGGAAACAACAAGUUUAUUCUAAUCCAGAGGCCCAUGUUUAUCAUGGCAGAGAAGUUAGUGCAGAUCCAUGGACUCAAACAAAACAGAGUGUAUACUCCUGGUGAUAUCCCAAUUGUUCCACUUAAUUUUGUCAUGAUAUCCCUGGAGGGUCCAUUUAACAGGGAUGUAGUGGAAGGAUGUGUGAAGGAGACGUUGCUUUUUUUAUCCCGAUCCAUUUCCAUCAAACAAAAUGUGGAGUUUACAUUCAAAGGAAUUGGGGUCCUCGUGAUCAGAGACAGCAAAGUGAAAAUGAGAUUUUAUAAGGACUUCCUUUGUGCUGUGGAUGGAAGUGGGGCUUUGGAAAAAGCCCUAGCAAAAAGGCCUGGCACUGUGGACUCAGUGCUGUCCAGCAGAGAGGCCUUUGGGAAGCGGCCCAGCAGCGUGCUUGCAUUUCCAAGGAUUGAUUUCAAGGAGAUGGAGAACAAACCCCCUAUGGAGACCAUUGCAGAGGAAGGCAGAGAGAAUAGACAAAAGAAGUCCAAGUUAAAAGAUCAGAUAGACAAAGAGGAAGGCAUCAGAGAGAUCUUGUCGCCCAAGAGACUUCGAAAUAAACAGGCUGUCUCCCCUGCCAAAGUGACAAGCGUCAGCUUACUGGACAAGUUUGAGCGAAAUGGGAGUGGUGAGAAGAAUAUGACCCCUGAAAGAUUAUCAUCCCCAGGUUGUCUGAAAAAUGACAAUGAAAUGAAGCCCAGAACAUCUCCAGCCCUUGCUUGCCUGGGUCAUAAUAAGGCAGGACAGGAAAUGUGCUAUGUCUGUUUGCAACGAGCACAACGCAAUUGCCCUUUGUCCUUUGGAGAGGAGAGGAAGAGAGAGAGAGAUGACAAGCGGCUCAUACAGCAGUACCAAGUGCUGAAGGAUCAGGAGGCGCUCUUCACACAGCAG